CCAACAAACAAGCAUUCAGCCCCGCUUAGCAACCUGUUUUAUAGGCUUCUUAUAGGCGCCCUCAUCCGCGCGGUUGCCAAGAAGGGCUUAGCUGAUGGAUUUGACAGACGAUCAUCCCAGGUCUAUGCCUGUUGAGGCUCCAUGGAGUCACUAUACGGGCUUCCCGAGUCUUCCACCACGCAGUGGACUGACUGGUUCAACCGUCCAACGGUCUUGACUGGAUAUUUCGUGUAAUUGGGGAGGCGAUCAUCAGGGGACGAGGAAAUGAACGAUAAAAAGGACGGGGAACUCUUGCCUCGCAGAUUCAUGUUCAUAGUCUCUUCACUCUCACUUCGACCGUAACAAGGACCUCAAGCCAAUACAUUCGUUCAUCAAAACUCAUUGCCUCUCUCACGAUGCACUCCACUCUUUCAAAAAGCUUGACGGGCGUUGCCGCCUUGGCAUCUGUUGUCUCCGCGUUCCCUUUCAAGCUCGCAGAAACUGCACACUGCGCAGCUGUUAGCGGCACAUUCGAAAUCGAGAACUUUAAGCUCUAUCCCGAGAAUCUGGAUUGGGACCCUAUUCACUGCAAGCUCUACAUAAGUGCCAACUUCAACUCUACCGUUCUUGUCUACGACCCUUACAAGGCAACCUACGACAUCCUUUCUUUCGACGGCAUCACUGGCCUAGACCCUUACCACGUAUCCGGCAUCGACUAUGAUGCAACGACCGAGUCAAUCCUUAUUUCUGCCAACAGCGGAGAACCCUUUGCGACCUCCGGCUCGAACAUGACCGGCGGCAACAAGGUCAUCCGCUGGGAUACCAACACAAACUCGGCCGCGUACACGGUUGACCUGGCAGACUUCACGUCCAAGCUGGCAAUCGACAACUCAACCGGCGGAGGAUACCAAGACUUUGCAGAGGACAAGGACGGCAACGCCUACGUCCCCUCAGUCUUCCACGUCCCCGCCAUCGCCAAGAUCACCAAGGCCGGCGAACUCUCAAGCUGGUACAUUGGCGAGCCGAGCUCGUCCAGCAAGUACAUGUACCUCGGCAUCAUCUUCCACGAGGCCACCAACAAGCUCGUCAUCACCGCGCCCUACCUCGGCACCUUCCUCUCCUUCGACGUCGGCUCCUCCAGCCCGGCGCCCACCAACAUCAGCAUGACCUGGCCCGCGGACGGCUCCUACACCGCCAGCGAUCUCGAUUGCGACGGCCUGCUGAACCCGGCUCGCUACAACCGCGAUGUCCUGCUAUGCUCUGAGAACGGGCUGCAGGCCAUCACCCUCUGGGCCUCCAAGGAUGGCUUCGAGUCGGUGCAGUACAUUGGCAAGGUAAUGGACAACUCGACGACUGAUAUUGCGACGUGGGCGUCGCCGACUGCUGCUGUGCAGAUUGGCAACAGCAUUUACAUCUCGCACGAGUACUUCCACGACCUCAAUGAGUUUGAUGUGGCUGGCAACCGUUCUACCUUCCCUUUUGUGGAUAUCACUGCCGACUCCGACAAGUUGGUUUUGGCUGCUGGCUUCAAUGUCACGGACUGCUAAAAAUAAAGCAAGGAGAUUAUUUGGAGUAGUUUAACAAAAGAACAAUACUAUCGUUGAGAAACUUAAA